AUGAAAGCCGCCAUUCCCAUUGCCCUCCUCGCGGUCGUCGCUAAUGCUAAGCGCUCGACCACGACCAGCGCUGUUGCGGACGUCACCGAUGUUGCUGCUACGUCUGGUCUCAGAAAUGCCACUGCCGCUUCCUCGGCCAAAACUAUCACUGAGCACGAGCCAACCCCAGUCACUACCCAUGCUAUCUCCUCGGAGAGCACUCUCUCCGAGCCUGCUGAGACUAAGACGGCCAAAACGGGUCGGGUCAAGCUUACCAAGAUCACUACUGAGUCGAGUGUUGCCACCUCCUCUUCCAAAUCGAGUGCUGCCACCUCUUCCUCUACCACUCGGAAGGGAAGUCCUGAAGCUUCCCCGGUCGGUUUCCUUACCUGGCCCGCGUCAGAGUCUGGCUUUGUAACGAAAAUCAACGAGAAUCUGGUUGUCGUUUUAAGAAAGACCACCACCACCGAGGCCCAGACCACCACCAUCAAGGGCGAGACUACCACCUCCAAUGGCAAGACCACAACCACCAAGGACGAGUCUACCGCCACCCAGGGUGAAACUACCACCACCAAGGGCCCGGCUACCACCACCACUAAGGCAAAAACCACCACAACCGCCAAGGCCGAGGCCAUCAGCGCCGAGGACGAGUCCACCACCACCAAGGGUGAAACUACCACCACCAAGGUCGAGACUACGACCACCAAGGGCGAGACCACUACUACCCAAAGCCCAACCACCACCAGCAAGACCAGCAAGAGCAAGACCACAUCCAGCAAGGGACAGGUCACUUUCAACCCCUUCUGCGCGCAUCCGCUGCACGCCACAAACCCUCCCCAGACCAUCCCGGACCCUUGGGGCUCGGAUCCUGAACAUGUGAUUGUUAAUCAGACCGUCCCCGCAGUUCCUACCAAGAAAGCUUAA